AUGGCGAACGACGACGACUCGGCUGGAGAUGAGAUGAUGGCGGGUCCUGGCGCCAGUGGGGGAGGGAGAAGGCGGAGGAGGAGGACGUCGCGUCGGCUCGGAAAGGCUGGCAGGCCUAGCGCAGGCAGGGAGGUCAAGGAAGCCUCGGUCGAGCCUUCGAGGGUUCGGCGUGCGUCACGGAAAGUCGGUUGUCGGCUAUGCAGGGAGACGACGACCUUCGUCGUUGAUGGUCGUUGGCCGCUGGGGCAUGUCGAUGGGAGGGGAGGAUGGAGGCGGCAGGGUGGUGUCUGGUGUGUAACUGUGUGUCGUGUGACUCGAGGACCCAGACAGCUAGGGUUGAGAUGUUUUAGACGACGUCCAAACGACAUAGUUUAA